AUGACUUCUCAACGCGUUCUUAGGUCUUUUAUGCAAUUAAUUUCAAGUUAUUCCGAAGAAAAAGUCGAUGUAAUUGGAUAUAAAGUACCAGUACCUUUAAUAAGUGCAGAAUUAGCUGAAUCUUUGGUAAAAGAAACAAUUACAGUCCUUCAAAAUAAACCAUCUCUCGUAAGAAUAGAUGCGCCAUGUUAUGUUGUUGGCGAUAUUCACGGAAAUCUAUAUGAUUUGAUUCAAAUUCUUUCGAUGGCUAAAUUGCCACCAUAUUCAAGAUACGUUUUUCUUGGCGAUUAUGUUGACAGAGGACAAUUCUCAUAUGAAGUUGUUAUGCUAUUAUUUGCUUUACAAUGCCAAUUCCCAAAUGAUGUAAUUCUUUUACGCGGAAAUCACAAAUUUGCAGAUACAAACAGCGUCUAUAGCUUCUUCGAUGAAAUGUCAAUAUUAGAAAACGGUAAAUACCUGUACGAUCAGAUAAAUAAAGCUUUCGAAUGGUUACCUAUAGCAGCCAUUGUUCAGAACAAGAUUUUCUGUGUUCACGGUGGUUUGUCAUCAGGAUUGAAUGGGAUUUCUCAGAUAGAAAAGAUAAUCAGGCCCAUCAAAACCUGUGAAGAUGAAUUAAUUGCAGACUUGAUGUGGAGCGAUCCCACAACCGAAACUAAGACUUUCGCACGCAGUACGAGAGGUUUAGGUAUUUCAUACGGAUAUAAUCUCGUUGAAGAUUACUUAAAUAAGAAUAAAUUGACUUCUGUGCUUAGAGGACACCAAUGCGUUCAAAAUGGUGUUCAGAAGGCAAUUGAUGGCUUAGUUUAUACAGUUUUCUCGUGUUCGAACUAUGCAGAUGCGAUGGAUAACAGAUGCGGAUUAUUAUUUUUGAAUCAGCUCUUAGAAAUGAAGUUUUUCUCAUUACCACCACGUCAACAGUUGAUAAGAGAGAAGAUUUCAUUCUACCACGUUGACAGAGACACUGUUUUUCAGGGAGAACAGUUAACUGCUCCUUUUUCAAUCACUUCUAAGAAAUAUGAAAUGAAAGGAGGAGCACUGACAAUCGGAUUACCAAGAUUGAGAUCUAAUUCUCAAUUUAACCUUAGAUCAAAAGCAAAAUUGUUUUGA